GGGGCCGCGAGCGCUAGCGGAAGUCGGCGGAUAGCUGGCGGUCCACCUGUAGCUGGGAAGGCUGGACGCGCCUCUUGUCUGCCAAAGUUUCAGCUCAAGUCCCGACAGCCGCUGCGAUCUGCCCUCCGGCCACGGUAGAGGCCUGCCCGCGGAGCAUCGCUCCUUCGUUGUUCUGGGUACAACACUGAAAAACUACAAACAAAAAGAAAGUGGAGUGUUCCAGGGCAUCCUGAGCACUCAGCGAGCAAGCAAACAUGUCUCUGGAUGACAUUAAGAUGAAUUCUGCCGACCUCCUGUACAAAAGGAAUCUGGACAGCGGAGGCUUCGGGGCAGUGUCCUUGUGUUUCCACAGGAUGCACGGACUUGUGAUCCUGAAAAAGGUGUACACAGGGCCCAAGCGCAUGGAGUACAACGAGUCCCUGCUGGAGGAGGGGAAGAUGAUGCGCAGGCUGAGCCAUAGCCGCGUGGUGAAGCUGCUGGGCGCCGUCAUCGAGGACGGGAACUACUGCCUGGUGAUGGAGUACAUGGAGAAGGGCAACCUCCUGCACGUGCUGCAGGCCCAGACCAUCCCACUUUCUGUGAAAGGAAGAAUAAUUGUAGAGACCAUCGAAGGAAUGUGCUACUUACAUGGAGAGGGUGUGAUACAUAAGGACCUGAAGCCUGAAAAUAUCCUGGUUGAUAGUGACUUUCACAUUAAGAUAGCCGACCUGGGCGUUGCUUCCUUUAAGACAUGGAGCAGAUUGACUCAGGAGGAACACAAUGAGCAGAGGAAGGCCAGCGGCACCACCAGGAAUAACGGUGGCACCCUGCACUACAUGGCCCCAGAGCACCUCUGCGACAUCAACGUCAAGCCCACGGAGAAGUCGGACGUGUACAGCUUUGGCAUCAUGCUUUGGGCAAUAAUUGCAGAUAAAGAGCCGUACGAGUAUGCCCUCUCUGCAGAGCACCUCUUGGUAUGCAUAAAACGUGGCAAUAGGCCAGACGUGGACAAGAUCAUUGAGCACUGCCCCACGGAGAUCAUCAGCCUCAUGACAUGCUGCUGGCAGGAAGACCCAGAACUGCGGCCAACAUUUCCUGGUAUUGAAGAGCAAUUUAAGCCUUUUUAUGAAAGUCAGUUUGAAGAAUUUGUAGAAAAAGAUGUGAAGAGUUUAAAGAAAAAGUAUCCCACGAAGAAUGAAGCUUUAAUGAGAGCGCAGUCUCUCCAACUGGAUUGUGUACCAGAACCUCUAAGCAGGUCAAAUUCAGAACAGCCCGGCUCGCUGCAUAGUUCCCAGCCACUCGGGACGGGACCUGUGGAGGAGUCCUAUUUUUCUGCCUCCAUGGAACGCCAACAAGAAGAGUAUGAGCCCAUUCUGCAGCAUAAACUCCAAGAGGAAGCCAACUAUCAUUUAUUUGGCAGCCGUAUAGACAAGCAGACCAAACAGCAGUCCACUCAGCACAUGGCUUAUAAUAUAGAGGAGGAGAGGAGACGAAGGGUCUCUCAUGACCCCUUUGCACAGCCAAGACCUAAUGAGAGUGCUCAGAACACUCGGGUAAAAGGUCCUGCUUAUCCCAGUGCAGCUAACUAUAGUAAUGCAAGUCACCAGCCAACAGGCCUGAGCAGCCAACCCCACGUACCCUGCUGGAGCAGUGAAUCCUAUCAUGUGCACAGGUUUGGAGCAAGACCAUUGGACCCAGGAAUACCAAGUACAGUUUGGUUUGGUUCACAUCUGAACCAAAUGCCCAAUCCGUUUACACCUCCAAUGCCUGAGACCAGUCUGGCAGGAAGCACGCCCACCCUUCCACUGUACUCCUGGAUGCCCCCAGAUGAGCUUUUAAGAUCCCACAUAAACAUAAGCAACAGUACUGGUAUCCAGUUUGGAACCUCUAAUUAUAUGGAAAUUAGUGGAAUGAAUGCACCACUAGAAAACACAUGUACAAAUGUGGAAGAGGAGUCAGCUUCUAAGUACCAAGCUAUCUUUGAUAAUACCACUAGUGUGACUGAUAUUCACCUGAACCCAGUCAGGGAAAACCUGGGGAAGCAGUGGAAAACCUGUGCCCGUAAGCUGGGCAUCACAGAGUCUCAGAUUGAUGAAAUUGACCAUGACUAUGAGCGAGAUGGACUACACGAAAAGGUUUACAAGAUGCUCCAAAAGUGGGAGAUGAGGGAAGGCAAUAAGGGGGCCACAGUGGGCAAGCUUGCCCGAGCCCUCUACCAGUGUUCCAGGAAGGACCUUCUGAACCACUUGAUAGACAUCAGCAAGAACUAACCCUGCAGGAGCCUGGCAGCAUGAAGCAAGCGCCUCACUUUGGUCAAGAACCCCUGGAAGCACUCAGAAUUCUGUCCUCAUUGAUAUGGGUUUUAUCACGGCUUAUAGACAAUUUCCUGCAUUUCAGAGCUAGAGAACAGGAAAUCAGUAGCCAACAACCUACUUUCAGGAAGAUGCAAGCUGGAAGAUCUCAUGAUGGUCCAGGAUCAGUAUAAAACAUGGGCUUUUAAAGGAAGAAAAGAGGUAUUUAAAAAAAAACAACAACAUCAUUUUCCUUCAGCUCCUGCCAUAACCUUCAGAUAUGCUGUCCAUUCAGUUUCCUGGGGUUCGGGCUGAGUGAGACAAAGAAAGUGAAUGUAAAAUACAUCAACUUUCUUUGUGUUCUCAUGUAGAUUCUCUUAUAAGCAAAGUGUAGUAAAAUUCUAAAUUCUGGUCAAAUGUUUUCUUGUAAUGACAAGCACAGCUUAUCCCAAAUUAUAGGACCUGUUAACUUCGCAUCGAAUAUUCUAGCAGUCACUACAGGCUUUAAUACUUAUGUGCUAUCACAUUCUAUUAUGUUAAAUUAUACAUUAACUGAAGCCACUUUAAUAAGCAGUUUAAGGAAAAAAACAUACACAGGGAAAAGUCAGGUUUUCCUGGCAGUUGUUACAAGGACCUGCAAGUAAUAGUGACUAUUAGCUAAAUUUCCUGAUGAAUUUGUUUUGUUCUUUUAUAGUACUUAUACUUCAAAUAACGAGUACUUCUAAUACUAACAAUUCUAAUACUUUAUGCUGGUUAGUACUUUAAGCCCAUGUGUCCUGAAAGGGGGAGCACAUGUGCCGGAAGCAGUCACGGCUGCACCCUGGGCAAUGCAGAGCCGCGGAGAGCUGCUCCAUCCAUCAGUUUACCCUACUGUACGGUAGGAAUAUGUCCAGUUUUCCCCUUCGUGCCACGAAGUAAAAAAUGACAGCUUUAGUCUGGUUACUGUCUCUAAGGCCCAUCUGAAUCUCAGGGAGGAACUAAAAGAAUAGAAGGCUGAAGACCACACAGAUCAUACCCACAGCACUUAGCUCUCCCACAAGGAAGGGAGACAAGGCACAGGGAGGGUCGGCCUGGCUCUCAGAGGAGAUGCUGGGGUCUGGGGUGGUAACAGUAUUGUUAGCUCUGCUUCUGAAUCUCUUGCAGCCUCAGCCUGCACGCACAUGCAAAGGCACACACACCUGAAGUGGGGCCUCAAAACAGAGUUUCUCUACUUGGGCACUACCGGCAAUGUAAGCCACAUAACUCUGUUGUGGGUGCUGUCCUGAACCUUUUAGUUUUGUGAGCAUUAUUGGUCCCACCUACUCUUGUCUGCCAGAAGACAACUCUGUCUUCCCCUCCUGCCCCCAAGUGUGCCAAAGAUGUCUCCAGACAGUGCUGUAUGCAGUACUGCUUGGAUAUAUACACUUGUCUGGCUGAUACAAACACUGCUGUCAGAGAGUGAGCCUCAGUUGUUCUCCUCCACGUGUCUCAGCUCACAGCUCAGUUGCCACACAGCAUUAAAGCACACAGCCAGAAAGGAACCUUAAAGCAGGGAAGGGCCCAGCCUGUGCCAGAAAAGUCUGGUGAUUUCUAAAUACCUUCUAUCAUGAUACUGUUCUAAAUUCUCUGUGUUUUUAAAAAAAUAUAUAUAUUUUAUGCUUCACAUGGAUUUUUUAAAAAUAAAACUUUAUGCUUUA